AUUAAGAACACAGGCCCGGCCAGGCCUAGCCAACAAAAUUCACUAUAUUUAUUAGUGUCCAAAAUACCAGUCAGGUCAUCGGAACCCUAACUCCCAACUGCCACCAGAAGCCUCGCCCAACUAUUUACCACCAAUGAUCGCCACAAUUACAAGAUGUUAUCACGAUGGAAGGCUCCGCAAGCCUUAGCCCCGUACGCCUUCGAAUCUCUCCUAAGCUCCCUCUUAAGCUCGCCGUCAACCGCCGCCAGCGCCGCCGUUCACGUCCACUCACAGCUCCUCACCAACGGCCUCCUUCCCCCGUCCUCCACUUCCGGCUACUUCAACACCAAACUCCUCCAACUCUACGCAGACGGCGGCGACCUCCAUUCCGCCCUCCACCUGUUCGACGUUUUGCCUCACCCAAACAUUUUUGCUUGGACUCCAAUAAUCGCUUUCCUCUCCCGCUCCGGCGAUCACCAACGAUGCCUAUCGACUUACUCCCGCAUGCGCGCCGCCGGCAUUGCCCCCGACGGUUACGUCCUCCCCGUCGCUCUCCGCUCAUCCGGCUCCUCACUCUUCGCCGCCGCCGCCCUCCACUCUAACGCCGUCAAGUUCGCCGCAGCUGCCAAUCUCCACGUAAGCAACGCCCUGAUUACCGCCUACGCCGACUCCGGUGACGUCAGCUCCGCCGGUCGCGUGUUCGUCACAAUGGACGGCCGCGAUCUCCUCUCAUGGAACUCCAUGAUCUCCGCCUUCGUGUCGACCGGGUCCACCGAACCCGCGUUAGACCUGCUCCGGUCCAUGCCAUCCGUUGGCUAUGAGCCCGACAUCGUGACGUGGAACACGAUAUUGGACGGCUACUGCCGCGUCGGACGCUGCGCGGAGGCCGUUGAGAUUUUUAACCAGAUGACAGAACCCAACGUAGUGUCCUACACGAUCAUAAUCGUCGGUCACGCCCGUAGCGGGAAUCAUGAGGCUGCCUUGGAGAUCUUCCGCCGAAUGGCGAGCGGCGGCGCUGUUCCACCGGACCAGGAUACGUUAUCGUGCGUCGUGGCCUGCUGCCGCCACGUGGCGGCCGUCCGGGCUGGCCGAGAGGUCCACGCAUCCGGGCUGAAGACGCUGGAUCCUGCUGCGUUCUACUUCUCCGCAGGCGCGGCGUUGGUUGCUCUGUACGCGGGAAGCAAGUUAAUCACAACGGCUAAACGUGUAUUUGACUUGAUUGUUCCAACAGACCUGAUGAAACUGAACGCGCUGAUCGCGGGGCUUACGCAUGCUGGUAUGACUCGGGAGGCGCUGCAUCAUUUUAGGGAGAUGCAGUCGCGGGGCAUUGGAACCGACCCAACCACGCUAGCGAGCGUGCUGCCGGCCUGCUCGAUCAUCCAAGGGAAGCAAAUCCAAGCUCAUGCUAUUAGGAAUUAUUGCGAACUUGCCACCGAAGUCUACAACGCACUUAUCAGCGCUUACGCCAGGAGCGGUUGCAUUGCAGCCGCACGAUCCGUGUUCUCCGCCGCUAGUCCCGCCGGCGAUGUGGUGACCUGGAAUGCGAUGAUCACGGCCUAUGGAUCCCACGGGCUUGGAGAGCUGGCCGUCGAAUUGGCCUGGGAAAUGAUACGGGCGGGGCCUCGACCGAAUAUCAUCACAUUCACGGGUGUUUUAGCUGCGUGUAGCCAUGCUGGCUUGGUCGACCAAGGGUUGGAGUGGUUUGACAGGUUUAGUAUUGAUAUGGGCUUAGCUCCGGAAAUGGCGCAGUAUUCCUGUGUGGUGGACAUGUUAGGUCGGGCCGGGAGGUUUGAGGAGGCAGUGGGAUUUAUACGGAGGAUGCCUUAUGGGGCGGAAGCAAGUAUUUGGGGAGCAGUAAUGGCGGCAAGCAGAGCACACCAGAAUGUGGAGUUUGGGAAAUUGGCAUUUGACGAGCUGUUGAAGAUUGAGCCAGAGAAUGCAGGGAACUAUGUGACAAUGGCCGGCAUGUAUGUGAGGGCAGGGAGGUGGGAGGAGGCAAAGAUGGUGAGGAGGAAGAUGGAAAGGAGAUGUGUGAUCAAGCCUUCUGGGUACAGUUGGGUUGAGAUGGAAUAAUCAUCGUUUUCUGGUAACACACACACACAUACAUUAUUUAAUUGUUGUUGACGUGUAAUGCUUUUUUAUAAGCCCAUUGCUUUUCGAUUUUUAAAGGGAUAAUUAGGAAUGUGUUUGUAGAUAUAUAAAGAGUAAAUUUAUUAUAUCCGGUCAUUUUAAUGUGAACAUAUAAUCUUAUAUUAUUUAUAGAGUUUGCAUAAUAAUUGCAUAUUAUAGCAACUCAUUUUAAUGCUACCUCC